AUGAAUAAAGAUGACGGAGAAGAACGGCCCUUGAAAAAGCCCAAAAAGUCUCCCGAGGACAAAGGUACUGCCAACUCUUCCACCAAAGCGGAUACAUGUACCAAGAAACCACAAUCCUCAAAACUGUUGAAUCUAAGUAUCUGUGAAACGAAAAACUUUGGACAACAAGAGGUAUUCUCCAACCAGGAUAUCGUUGUCCGUAUCUUCUCCUUUCUCGAUAUCGAAUCCAUCCUACUCAAAGCACGACACGUCAACUCGACAUGGUUCCAAUCUUCUUCUCGGGCCGUCCUCCGUCGAUUGAUACACGACCAAACCAAAUUCUGCUAG